AUGUGUCCCCCCACCCCCAGUGAUGGUUCUCCAGUCCUUGAAUCAAACAAAUCACCUGCUCCUACCCCUACCCGUAACCUUCGUCGUCGCGAUACUUUACCUUUACCGUCCCCUGGUUUUGUGUUCCAAUCUAAGGAUUCUCGCCGUGCUUUAGUUCCCCCUUCCAACUCUCACAGUCACUCUCCUGCCAACUCGUCCAACUCAGACAAAUCUAUGUCAAUCUUGAUAUCCGAAGAGGCAUCAUCCAAUCAAUCUGAUCAAUCCAGCUGCGAGUCCGACGACUCAAUGCUUCGUCAGGCCCGAUCAAGAAAGGCUUCUACUUCAAAGAAGUCCGUUGUAGUGAAGAAAGGACAAAGCAGCUCUGGAAAACGUCGAAAGACCAGAGGUAAAGUUCCAGCCAUGUUCAAAGCCAAGUCAAAGGUCCGACCGAUUGUACCAGCUAAGAAGCGCAAGCGUCUCGCUGUUGAGGUGAGUGUUUCCUUUUUUUAUCUUUCUUUCAUUUGUUAA